AUGGCGUUUGCAGCAGCAGCAGCGUCGAAAGCAGCUGCAGCAGCAGCAGAGGUGCCUGCUGCGCAAAGCAGCAGCAGCAGCACUGGCAGCAGCAGCAGCAGCAGCAGCAGCAGCAGGCCAUGGCAUUCUCCAGUUCAUAUGCGGAACGUGCAGCUGUGGAAGACAGCUGCCGAGAUCCUGGCCAGGCGAGGCAACAUCGACUGCAGCAGCAGCAGCAGCAGCAGCAGCAGCAGCAGCGACAGCAGCAGACGCAGCAGCACCAGCAGCGUAGCAGCACCUGCUGCAUUUAGUGCUUCCCAAUUUGAGGGGGGCAAUUUGGCUUAUUCUGCUGCAGGCGCGCCGCCUGAAAGAGCUGCGGCAGCAGACGCAGCAGCAGCAGCAGCAGCAGCGCUAGCGGCAGCAGCAGCAGCGCCCGCAGCAGCAGCAGCAGUGCCCGCAGCAGCAGCAGCAGCAGCGCCCGCAGCAGCAGCAGCAGUGCCCGCAGCAGCAGCAGCAGCGGCUGCUUCUCUUGCUGGUGUCCCAGCAUCCCCCACUUUUGAAGCGCCUGUACGGCGAAGGCGCCGCGGGUGGAGCAGCAGCAGCAGCAGCAGCAGCAGCAGCAGCAGCUGCAGCAGCAGCAGCAGCAGCAGCAGCAGGACGCCCGCGUCAUCUUGCGUGCGCAGCGCGUCGUCGUGCUGGACUAUGGACGCCGCUGCGCCUGCCCAGGACGGAUGCGCAGCAGCAGCAGCAGCAGCAGCAGCAGCAGCAGCAGCAGAGGGUUUGGGCGGUUCGCGCUGCUGCGGGGCGGGGGCUCGCGGGCCGGAGCAGCAGCUGCUGCUGCAGCAGCAGCAGCAGCACGGGCUGGAGCCGGAGGCGGAGGCUGGCGGGGAUCGAUCGAUCCCAGUGAAGCAGCAGCACCGGGAAGACCUGCAGCAGUUUGUGGGGGACUUUGUGCAGCAGCAGCUGGGGCGGAGUUUGCUGCCGUUUCAGGCCUCCGAAGUGCUGCUGCAGUACAGCAGCAGCAAACCCGAAGGAGAAGCAAUUCCUUUCCAAGUGCAGCAGCAGCUGCUGCCGCCGCUUUUUGUUUAUUACAGAAUCCAGGACUUCUUCGCAAACUACAGACAAUACGUCAAAGACGGGCCCCCACAAGUCAGCUCCAGCUACAAGUGCGACGUCAUUCGCUCGCUGGAGGAGGCGGUGGCGCUGCGCACGAUUUCAGGUGUACAGACACUGCCGGCGCUGGAGCGCCCGCGGGGAUCGGCCGAUCCCGACCCCACACAUGCCGAUCCCACCGAUCCCACCGAUCCCGAUCCCAGCGAUCCCAGCGAUCCCAACGAUCCCAACUUCUUUCCUUGUGGGGCGCAGUCCGUGUCUUUGUUUAAUGACGAAAUUUCGAUUAAGAGAAAAGGGGCUGACGGCGCCAUCAAAGACGUGCCUCUGGACUUCGAGAAUGUGGCCUACGAGUGGGACUUCCUCCAGUUCAUGGUGUCCAAUAGGACCUGGGAAAGCGAGGGUUUGGAACCCUGGAUCUUGCCUUCAAACCCUAAAUUUAGGGUUUGGCUGCACCCCCCUUUUACCCCCAGUUUUCAAAAGCUUUACGCAGUGCUGUCGGAGCCUCUGCUUCCCGGCGAGCAGUACUACGCGGUGCUGACCAGCAACAAAUGGCCGGCGGAGGCGUGGGGAGCGAAAAAGGCUUUUGUCAUCACCGGGCUGACCCCCAUGGGCGGAGCGAAUUUCCCUCUGGCGAUUUUCACACUCACCACAGGUGCUCUCUGUAUUCUCCUCGUCCUGCUGCUUUGGAUUAUGAAGAAGCUGAAGCUCAAAUUCGUUAGCAGCACAGCACGAGGCGUGGACUUGAAGGCAGACAACUCGCAAACAGAAGGCCGUCAGAAGGCUGUGUCUCCCCGCUCUGGGGACGGCGGUGGAUCGCGGCGGGUGGUAGUUGCUGCUCCAGGCUCUCCCGUGGCUGCUGCUGCUGCAGCGUCUGCUGCUGCUGCUGCUGCUGCUGCUGCUGCUGAGGAUGAAUUUGGACAAGAAACAGAAGAAGAGGCCCUUUCCCGUUUGCUGCCGCUGCUGUCGGGGGCCCCCAGCUGCCUCUGUCCUGUGCACUGCAGCGCAGCAGACGACGGGUCUUGGGACACGCUGCGAGCGCGCGCUGCUGCUGCUGCUGCUGCAGCACCCGCAGCAGCAGCAGCAGCAGCAGCAGCAGCAGCAGACGUGGAGAGGCAGCUCUCAGGGGCCACUCCCGAAGACACUGAGGGAGAAGAAGAAGACUUCAGCGAGGCAACAGAUGAGGAUUACGGAGAGCGCCGCAGGUCUUACCUCAACUCUUGCCAGCAGCAGGCUUUAGAAGCAGCAGCAGCGCAGCAGCAGCAGCAGCUGCAGCAGCAGCAGCAGCAGCGGGAAUCAGUAGCGCACCUCGACGUGCAGUUCAGCCACAACCUCUGA